AUGCCAAAUCCUUUUCUAUGGUAUAGAGACAAGGAAAAUUUGAAAAUAGGAGGCAUAUGCAGAUACAAGCUUGUCUAUACCUGUAUUGACGAUACAAGGAAACAAAUCUACUUAAGGUUGAAAAACGAUGAGCGAACAUCAAUAAGAGCGGUGCAUAUUUUGAAUGGACCGUUUAUUCUAUAUUGUCAUGUUGUCCCUUGUAAUUAUAAGCAUGAGACCCAGUUUAUACCCGAAAAUCCUGAUGAUAACAAGGAGGUUGUGUUCAAAAAUCAACUCAAACCGGGCCAAACAUUUAAUGUCAAGUUACAGUUGAACAGCAAUUCCUACUAUGGAAAAUCACCAGAGGGUCAUCCCAUGUAUAUGUGGACGACUGAUAUAGUGUCACAAAUAGUGAUCUCUCGACAUGCCCGUAUUUAUUACGAUCUUAUGAUCGGCGAAGAUUUUGAGCAAAUGAAGAGUCUUAACCAUGGUCCAUUUCUGAACUCGUUGACAGUACUAAAGUCGCCUACUACUGGUAAUUUCAAGUCAGACACUUCGCAAGCAGAAUUGGGCAUCCUGACAAAGCCACAGCUCAAAGUAGAGAAACUCGACACCGAAGCUCUAUGGCCCGAGCUUCCCGAAGAUCCAACAAAACCCAUUCAUUUGGUAAUCAUCACCCAUGGUUUAUUCUCCAAUGUCACAGCAGACAUGAUGUAUCUCAAAGAUCGAAUACUUCAGGCGUCGCUGGAUAAUCUUUUGGUGAAGGGAUUCGAAGGAAAUGCUGGUCGAACUGAAAAGGGAAUAAAGCGACUAGGUUUGGGAGUUUCCCAUUAUACUACCGAACUUAUUUCUAGCUUGCUUGCAAAAGGUCACAAAAUUAACCGAAUAUCGUUUAUCGGUCACUCGUUAGGAGGACCGGUCCAGCUCUAUGCAAUCAAAAAUAUUCUUCUCACGAAGGGGACUUCGUACUUUGAGGAUCGAGGAAUUCAGCCAUAUAACCUUGUGUGCAUGGCCAGUCCUUUACUAGGUGUUCUCAGCGAAAUGAGUCUUUGGAUAUCGUGGUUUCUUGAUCUCGGAACGUUAGGUAAAACUGGUCGUGAUCUUACGCUUCUGAAGAAACUUCCCAGCUUUAAGAAUAAAGAACGCAGCAGAGAAGCAUUUCGUCCAUUGUUAGAGGUACUACCUAAUGACCCUCUUAAGACGUUCUUGGCCAAGUUUGUUCACCUCACAUUAUAUGCCAAUGCUAUAAAUGAUGGCAUUGUGCCAUUAAGAACUUCUGCCUUGUUGUAUCUAGACUAUGAGGCACUUGGUGAUGUCGAUGACUUGAAACAGCACAAGCCAGUUGACCCAGAGCAUCAGGAAGCUGCAGGGCACGACAAUCAUUCGGAAAAUACCAAUGUUUCCGAAAACACCGUGGGAGAAGUACCAUCAGAUAACGAGUACGACAAUGCUGUGGAGGACUUGCGAAAUGAAAAAAAACCAAAGUACAAAGAUCUUUUCUCAUUCGGAGUGGCUAAGAAGAACAAACCUUCACGAAGGGAACGGACGUUAAGGAAAAUUACGGCGAAAGGAAGCGACUUGGCUCAAUCCAUCAAUAAUGUGGACGACGAUGAAGACGAGGGUGAAGAUGAUUAUGAACUUCACAGAAGUGAUCAGGCAGAAGACUCGUCUAAUUCGGCUUCAAAGUUCAAAGUUCCCCCCAAAGCAUCGGUAAUUGAGUCAGCAGUCCUAACCUUAAUUGCACCCAAACCGACAGUGAAAUACAUCUUGGAUCCAGAAACGAGAAGACCAGUUAUUUUUCAUGACAAGUUCUAUCGGUUCGAGAACUUGCCCGAGCACAAGGAGGAGUCCAACAAAUACCGUAUCCCACUUCCUCGUCUACUUUUCCACUAUAGCGAUUGGAAAUUGGGCAAGCAGGUGGAAAUAGCGAGAAAGUACCACCAGCCAGAUCUCAACUGGAGAAAGGUAUUGGUAAGUCUACCACCGGAUGCCCACAACAACAUUGUAGUACGCCGCCGAUUCGCCAAUGGUUAUGGCUGGGGUGUAAUUGACCAUUUGUGCGAUGAGCUCUUCACCGAAAUGCCAUUGAAGCCGAAGAUGUAA